CGCAACACCAGCUAUUGAGAUCCCUAUCCCCCAUCUCUCGUCUCUCGUUAGCCCUCCCCGUCUCCGAAAUCCCAUGUACUUUCGUUCGCUAUCGCUGUCGCCGUCGCCAUGACUGCUACGGCUGGAGAUGUGUUCUUCAAAGGCCAGAGCGGACACAACACCCGCUCGUUGCUGCGUGUCGUGAUCCUCCUCUGCAUCGCCGGCGCUGCCAUUUCGAGCCGGUUGUUCAGCGUGAUUCGAUUCGAGUCUAUCAUCCAUGAAUUUGAUCCAUGGUUCAAUUUCCGCGCGACGAAAUACCUCGUCGAGAAUGGCUUCUACCCUUUCUGGGACUGGUUCGAUGACCGAACAUGGCACCCGCUGGGACGAGUCACCGGAGGGACUUUAUACCCGGGCCUCAUGGUGACGUCGGGCGCGAUCUACCACCUCCUUCGAUUCCUGACCUUCCCGGUCGACAUCCGCAACAUCUGCGUCUUGCUCGCUCCUGCCUUCUCAGGCCUCACGGCCGUGGCGGCGUAUCUCCUUACGUCGGAGAUGUCGACGUCUCCCUCCGCGGGGUUGCUGGCGGCGGUGUUCAUGGGAAUUUCUCCCGGAUACAUCAGUCGAUCCGUGGCAGGGUCAUACGAUAACGAGGCCAUUGCGAUUACGCUCCUUGUAGCAACAUUCUAUUUCUGGAUCAAGGCCGUCAAGAAUGGCUCGAUCUUCUGGAGCGCUAUCACGGCGCUGUCAUACGGGUACAUGGUGUCUGCUUGGGGAGGAUACGUAUUCAUCACGAAUAUGCUGCCGUUGCAUGCGUUCGUCCUCAUCUGCAUGGGUCGGUACAGUUCGAGGCUCUACGUUGCAUACACGACCUGGUAUGCAAUCGGAACUUUGGCAGCUAUGCAGAUUCCCUUCGUUGGAUUCGAUCCGGUGCGGAGCAGUGAGCAUAUGGCUCCCUUAGGUGUCUUCGGCUUGAUCCAGUUGGUCGCGUUCGUCGAGUACAUCCGAUACCAACUCCCCAGCAAGCAAUUCCAAACCCUCCUCCGGUCCCUCGUCCUUGUCAUCUUCGUCGUUGCACUUGGCGGCCUCGUCCUUCUCACCCUUUCCGGAGUCAUCGCGCCAUGGACCGGUCGAUUCUACUCCCUCUGGGAUACCGGCUACGCCAAGAUCCACAUCCCGAUCAUCGCUAGUGUGUCCGAGCACCAACCGACCGCGUGGCCUGCAUUCUUCUUCGACCUGAACAUGCUCAUCUGGCUCUUCCCUGCCGGUGUAUACAUGUGCUUCCGUCACCUGAAAGACGAGCAUGUCUUCAUCGUCAUCUACGCGGUUCUGGCGAGCUAUUUCUCCGGCGUCAUGGUUCGUUUGAUGCUCACCCUGACUCCGAUCGUCUGCGUUGCUGCGGCGAUGGCGCUGUCGCAGAUCCUCGACACGUACUUGACUACGAAGACGCCGAUUGUGGACACGAAGGAGAACGGCAGUGCGAAGGAGUUCGCGGAUGUGAAGUCGCCUGUGAAUCCAGUAACGAAAAUCUUGUCGCCAGGGCUCCGGUCGACUCGGCAUCCCGUGAUUGGAAUCUACUCCAAUGUGUCGAAAGCAAUUGUGGUUCUCUCCACCACGGUCUACCUCCUACUUUUCGUUGCUCAUUGUACCUGGGUGACGUCUAACGCCUACUCCUCGCCAUCCGUGGUGCUAGCCAGCCGUCUACCCGACGGAUCGCAGCAUAUCAUCGACGACUAUCGAGAGGCGUACUACUGGCUCCGACAGAACGUCGACGAGAAUGCGAAGAUCAUGUCGUGGUGGGAUUACGGAUACCAAAUCGGCGGAAUGGCGGAUCGGCCGACGCUGGUGGACAACAAUACCUGGAACAACACGCACAUCGCGACGGUCGGCAAGGCGAUGAGCUCCCGCGAGGAGGUCAGCUAUCCGAUCAUGCGCCAGCAUGAAGUCGACUACGUCCUCGUCGUGUUCGGUGGCCUCCUCGGCUACUCGGGAGACGACAUCAACAAGUUCCUGUGGAUGGUCCGCAUCGCGGAGGGAAUCUGGCCGGACGAGGUGAAGGAGCGCGACUUCUUCACUGCGCGAGGCGAAUACCGAAUUGACGACGAAGCGACCCCAACGAUGAAGAACAGCUUGAUGUACAAGAUGUCGUACUACAACUACAACGGGCUCUUCCCCCCAGGCCAAGCGAUGGACCGCGUCCGCGGCUCGCGCCUCCCCGCCGAGGGACCGCAGCUCACCACCGUCGACGAGGCGUUCACGAGCGAGAACUGGAUCAUCCGCAUCUAUAAGGUCAAGGACCUCGACAACGUCGGCCGCGACCACGGGAGCGCCGCGGCGUUCGACAAGGGGCACAAGAAGAAGAAGGCGACGAAGCGACGCGGCGCUCGGGUGCUGCGCGUGGAGUAGGUGAGGUGAGGUCGGAGCGGAAACGUCGCUGAUGGUUGCGAAUGUACUAAAAGAGUCGUGGAACUCGGUUGUUCUUAGGGUGGCAUUUGGGCGGCGUCGGAGUUGGGCCUGGUAAUGCUCGGGAGAGCGAUCACCGGUAAAAGAUUAGCUCUUGUAUAGCGAAUAUAUGCGAUUCUACGGCAAGGUCGCCUCGGGAGGGCAGAGGGCAGAGGUAGAAGUGAUGAGGCAGGUGAAAUCGUAACUUGGUUCGAUUAGGAAAGGGUGAAGUGACUGAAUGUCCUCGAUUGAUUAUCAGUUCCAAGGACUCGCUAUUUGAACUUUCUCGAAGUCACUCAUCUUCGCUGUGCAAUCUUGUCUCAGACUUCCUCAUA